CGUCCUGGAGUGGAAUCUUCCCUCUCACGCAUAUGGACACCAAAUAUCAAGGGGCGAUCAAUCCUCCAAUCUGCCGAGAAAGGGCGCAACCUGGGCUAAAGAAAGACCAUAAAGACUUGCAUAGUUUCCUAGCAUGUAGGGGACCAGGAGUUCAGCGCCUCAGAGAAGGCAAAGACAAAGACUCUGCAAGCUUGCCACGAUUUCUUGAGUGCACACAGUCAUUGGAGGGAGCAUCCAGGGGUUCAGGAUUCAGAAGGCAGCGGUAAAGCUGUGGGGAUGAGGGCGGUAGGGACAGCGUUCUUACAAGAGCAGGUGGGAUGAAAUAGCGGGCUAACAAGGAAUGUGUCCUCCCCCAGGUGAAAUCCCUGUCCCUCUCUCCCAUGUGCUCGUUCUCUCUGUGCCUCUCGUUUCUUAUUACUCCUUAGUUCUCAACAAACCAGGAUGUCUUCAGCAUCACAGCAUAACGGGACCAUUGAGGCCUCAGCUUUAACCAGAGGCAAAUGGAGUUAUGUUUCCAAGUGUCAAACCUGACCUGAGGGCGAGAAGACCAGGCCUCAGAAAGCCCUAACAACGAUUUAAUUAUGAAAUGAUUUUUGCCCAAAAUUAUGUAGAAUGCUCUCCACAGGAAACUGCCCUAGAUCUUCCAUGAGAAAUCAAGCUCCUUCCUUUAUAUGAUGCUGGAUUUUCCACAAACUAAGAUCAAGAUGAGUAGAGAUGUGGUUUCUAGAUAGUGCCCGGCACAGCCGAGACCAGAGGUUGAGGCGUCACUGCUUGGUCCUAUAAAAGCUGCCACCAGAGGCCCAGGCCACAAGCCGCUCUGCUGGGGCCAGUUCACAACGCGCCUGCGCCUCUGUCCUCCUGUUCCCUCUUCAUGGCGCUCUGGGUGACUGUGGUCCUUGCUCUUGCCUGCCUCAGUGGCCUGACCGCCCCGGGCCCAGUGUCUUCCCAGAUGGCCCUCAAGGAGCUCAUCGAGGAGCUGGUCAACAUCACACAGGACCAGAAGAUUCCCCUCUGCAAUGGCAGCAUGGUGUGGAGUGUCAACCUGACAGUGGGCAUGUGGUACUGCGCAGCCCGGGAGUCCCUGAUCAACGUCUCCAGCUGCAGCGCCCUGAACAGGACCCAGAAGAUACUGAACAGUCUGUGCCAGCAGCACAAGGCCGUGGCCAAGAUUUCCAGCUUCCAUAACCGAGACACCAAAAUUGAAGUGGCCCAGUUCGUGAAGAAUCUGCUCAGGUAUUUACAGAAAAUGUAUCACGGAGGAAAGUUCAACUGAGGCACGAAGCCGGCAGAGA